AUGUCUCAAGCCCCAACAAUUUUCUUGAUUGACACCAGCAUAGUAGAAACAUUCUUCACAAUCUUCGGCAAUAAUGACAUUGACCACGAGCAUGUGCGUCAUACAUACACUCAAGACACAAAUACGAUCAUCAUGAAACGUGUUUAUCAAGAUAUUGAUAGACAACCGUUAUCAUUCGUCGAUGAUGAUGUUGAUGAACCAUUAGAAUACAACAACAACAACAACACUUGUAAUAAUGAUCAUAGUAGUAUUAUUAAUGAUACAGAUACAUCAGUGUUGGCGGUAGAUGGAGAUAAUAAUGAUGGUGAUGAUGAGAAUGACAAACAAUGUAAUGGUGAUGAUGAUAUUAUUAUGAUACCGAGUAAAGAGUUUAUAGAGUUGGUAGAAUCAUGGGUAAAAGAAACACAAGAAAAUCGUGAUGAUGAAUAUGACCAUUUACUGAUUAUAAGAGAUCACUUGCAAGAACACCCAAACCAAGUAAUACUGAACUUGCUUUAUAUCGCAUGUAACAAUAACGAUGAGAACCAAUUAUUCAACCACAACAAUAUAUGUUAUAACGACAAUAUAUCUUUGAUGUGUUUGGAUUGGUUGGUGGAUAGUAUAUGGAUAUGUGAAGGUAGUGACUACGAUUCAAUUUUAAAUCUUUUAACCAAUCAAACAAAGAUUCAAAUACGAUCUUUUGUACUUGACUGUUUCGAAAAUCAUCCUACCCCAUGGGAAGACGAUUGGCCUUUAUUAUUUCAACGUCUACAAAAAAUAGUAAAUGCAAUCUUGACCUAUCAAUAUUAUAAUGAUGAUGGUGAUGGUGGUGAUGAUAAUGACCAGAGUAUAUUUAAAAUUGAAACUUUCAAGUGGUUCAAUCAAUAUAAUGAAAGGGAAUAUGGUUCUCUUGUCAGUGUCAAAAAAAGUUUGACUAUUGUUGACCAAGUAUUGUUUGGAAUCUUAAACACAACAUCAUCAGCAUACUCUGAGACUGUAGUCGAAACUUUGGGUACUAUUUGGAGACUUGAAAAAGCAAAAGGAAAAAAAAAGAAACAAUCAAAGAAAGAGAAUGACCUAAAGUAUUUACCAAUAUUUGAACAUCACCUCUUGCUAGAAGGACAACUCAAAAAUGAAAUGACAUAUGCCAUAUUUAAUUGUCUACAGGAUUUAACACAACGCGACAACAAGCCAUCCCAACACUUUAUCCACAACCAUUCCUAUGAUGAUCCACUUCUAAUACCUUCACUAUAUGUUUCAUGUGAAGAGUACAUAGAUCGUAGGGACAAAUUUCCUUGUAUCGAAACUUUCCAAUCUUUGUCAUCGACAUUUGAAAUAACUAGUGAAAUAGUAUUUCAAUGUGUUCUCGAAAACAUCAUUUUAUAUUUACACCAAAAUACAAUAACAAGUUGGCAAGAAAGAUUAACUAUUUUAAAAUUAUUAAAUUUUUGCAUUCCACUAAAACAAUACACUAAAUAUCCAGAAGACCAGAUAAUAUUCGAUCCUGUAGACAAUAUGAAUACUGAUCCCACCGCAGUUCAAUUUGAAUAUUUAACAUUUAUAUCAAAAGUAGUUGAUCGAUUCCAACCAAAUGAUCUCGAUCCUAUUAAAGAAGACAUUUUCACAGUUGCUUGUGAACAAUCAUUGCAAUCAAAAAAUAUUGAUAUUGUUUGCAUUGCAUCAAAGUUGGUUACUGGUUUUAUUCGUCCUUCUAUUGACUGUCCAAGUUCAAACCAUUUUCUCACUUCACUAUUGGACGCAUGUCGGAAGAAUAGAAAAAUUGUACAAAAUCUGAUUAAACAUUAUUACAAGUCAGUAUAUGAAGACCAACAACAUACCUACCUAAAGGAAAUCAUCGAUCUAUUGCUAGAACACAGUGUUAAAGAUAAAUAUGUUUUAAAAUAUCUUUUGGAUUUUCGUAUCCCCGAAACCAUCAGAAAAGAACUAUUACUGUAUCUACCAAUGAUGAUAAAACAUAUCACUGAAGAACCACAACUUUUAAAAUUGAUAAAGACCUUUCAAGAUAGACUGUAUCCCUACAUUCAUCAUUUAAUUUCUAGAGCCAAAGAAUUUGAAUUGCAAAAAAGAAUAAGAAAUUUAAAUCAAUAUGGAAGAAUACAUAGCUAUCGGCCUGAAUUUGGGGGUGAAGAUACCCCACUAUUAUCUUUACUUUUAAUUGCACUGAGUGCAAAUAGUAGAGAACACAAAAAAGAAGAAGAAAUAUCGAGUAUCCUUCAAGACAUGGUCGUCACUUUUAUUGAUAAUGAAUUCACAACCGACCAAAUAUCACAAAUCAUCCGUUUUGUCAAAGAUUCUAUUUCCAAUAUUGUCACAAUCAACGACGACUAUGAAGUAGUAGGUUUUGAAGAAACCAUUCAAGAAAUUGCAUAUUUGUUAAGAGCACUAGUCAUUUCAUACUUUAAACAACAACAACAACAUCCAUCGAAAGAUAUUAUCGAAUUGCUUUCCUUUUUUACCGUAUCAAUCAACGAUUUGGUUUCCAAGCUAAAACAACUACAACUACAACAACGACACCCCACCUUGUGUAAUAUCUUGGACCAAUUUAACAAUCCAAUAGAAGAAAUAUAUUCUGAUGUAAUGGUAGAUUACCUAUACUACUACUACGAACAUAAUAAUAGUAGUAACAAUACCACUCCAUCGUCAUCGGCUACUACGCCAACGACAGCAUCGCCUGCCAACUCAUCGCCAAGCACUAAUAGCAACAACAACAAUAGCAGAUUUGAUUUUUUUUUUUGA